GUGACCAGGCAAUGCCGGAGAGCUGGCUCACCACUGACAGGGAGGCUGACAGACUGAGAUCACCUGCUGCUGCUUUGGAUCUGGGUCUUCUAGUGGUUCCAUUGUCUGCUUUCUGGAUUAUAACUCUCUCUGCUAAGCCACGCUCUACCUGCUGUACAUGGAACCACCCCCCAGCUGACAGUUUGGACUACAAAGUUGUAAUGGAAUGUCCAGAACUUGGGAAACAAAUAAAGUAUUCUAACCGGCAUUUCAAAGAAAUCUAGCAAUCAAAAUAUGUUUGUGGAUUAAAAUCAGGUUCACGUGUCCUACACCCCAGGACAACGUUGAGUUGAAGCAAUUCUUUUAGAAGGUGGAGUCUUGGGGUUGGCUGCCCCAUACACCCCAAUGGUACCAUGGCAAGUCCACAUGAGCCUCUAAGUUGGUCCCCUUCCCCUAAUUUCAUUGUGGAAUCUAUACGAGAUGAUAAAGACUACAUGGUGGCAUUUGGUGACCAUGCCACCAGCGUCCACAAUCAUCAACAAGAUACCCAUGAUAAGUGUGAUGAACUAGAGAAUGCUAGCAGCCCAGUCACAGCAGCUGUCUUGACAUCGAUAAGUGAAGACUCCCGAGAUCAGUUUGAGAACAGUGUCCUGCAGCUAAGGGACCAGGAUGAGGCUGAGAAUGUCCCACCUCAGGGAAGUAGUCACUCAGGAGACGGAGGAAGCAACAGUGGGGCAGAAGAUAUCAGGAUACAUUUCAGCCGGUCUGGGAGUGGAAAUGGAGGCUUCUUAGAGGGGCUUUUUGGUUGUUUAAGGCCUGUGUGGAAUAUCAUUGGAAAAGCAUAUUCUACGGACUACAAACUACAACAGCAAGACACCUGGGAAGUCCCAUUUGAAGAGAUUUCAGAGCUGCAGUGGCUGGGAAGUGGAGCUCAAGGUGCGGUUUUCCUUGGCAAGUUCCAUGGGGAGGAAGUUGCCAUCAAGAAAGUGAGGGAGCAGAAGGAAACAGACAUAAAGCAUCUACGAAAGUUAAAGCAUCCCAACGUCAUUGCAUUUAAAGGUGUUUGCACACAGGCCCCCUGUUACUGCCUUAUCAUGGAGUACUGUGCCCAUGGACAACUCUAUGAGGUGCUCAGGGCAGGACGAAAAGUAACCCCCAGGCUACUAGUGGACUGGUCAACUGGCAUAGCUGGGGGCAUGAACUACCUCCACCUGCACAAGAUCAUCCACAGGGACCUCAAAUCACCCAAUGUACUGGUCACCCACACAGAUACAGUGAAGAUCUCAGACUUUGGCACAUCCAAAGAGCUUAGUGAUAAGAGUACCAAGAUGUCUUUUGCGGGCACUGUGGCCUGGAUGGCACCUGAAGUUAUACGCAAUGAACCUGUCUCUGAGAAAGUAGACAUCUGGUCCUUUGGUGUCUUGCUGUGGGAGCUUCUAACUGGAGAGAUUCCUUAUAAGGAUGUAGACUCCUCGGCCAUAAUUUGGGGUGUUGGCAGCAACAGCCUCCACCUACCUGUUCCAUCAACCUGUCCCGAUGGCUUCAAACUCCUCAUGAAGCAGACAUGGCAGAGCAAACCCCGCAACCGACCAUCAUUCAGACAGAUUCUCAUGCACCUGGAUAUCGCCUCUUCUGACGUCCUGGGAACUCCCCAGGAGACCUACUUUAAAUCGCAGGCUGAGUGGAGGGAAGAGGUGAAAAAGCACUUUGAGAAGAUAAAAAGUGAAGGAACCUGCAUUCAUCGCCUAGAUGAGGAGCUAAUCCGUAGGCGUAGAGAAGAACUGAGGCAUGCACUGGAUAUCCGCGAGCAUUAUGAACGCAAACUGGAGAGAGCUAACAACUUGUACAUGGAGCUCAGUGCUAUCAUGCUUCAGCUGGAGGUGCGGGAGAAGGAGCUGGUCAGACGUGAACAGGCAGUAGAGAAGAAAUAUCCGGGGACAUAUAAACGCCAUCCUGUCCGACCCAUUGUCCAUCCCAAUGCUGUUGAGAAACUUAUCAAAAAGAAAGGUGCUUCCUGUAAGACCGUUUCACAGACUAAGAGACCAGAUCUCCUCAAGUCAGAUGGCAUUGCCAGUGUAGAGGGGACUGCACCAAGUGGAUCACCCAUUUCUGGAAGUCCAAAGAUCACAGCAGGAGGGAAAAACCGGUACCGCAGUAAGCCACGUCACCGGAGAGGCAACAGUAAAGGAAGUCACAGUGACUUCCUAGCUAUCCUGAAACAGCAGGAUUCUCAGUCUCAUUCUCUUCCUUCCACUCAUCAUCAUCCUCCUCCUUCUCCUCUUUUUACUCCUAGCAGCACUCACAAUGAACAUACCCCACCCACACCAUCCCGUCAACAAACUCUUAAUGUGCAUGGCCAGAACAUUGCUUUAUGUGCCAACAAUCUGCGCUACUUUGGCCCUGCAGCUGCACUAAGGAGCCCCCUAAGCAGUCAUGCACAACGAUGUAUGUCUGGAUCUAGCCCUGAUCUCCUCUCCAGUACCCUGGAAGCAGACAGUCGUAUUAGUUCUGUAAAUGACUGGGAAUAUUGCCAACAAGAUACUUAUAACCCCUGCCCUGGCUGUGCUGAGGUGUCUGCUCAUCAAAACUUGGACUCUGGAAAUUGGGACAAUUCUAGUAUUGGGCGCAUGGAGAUGGGAUUGGAUGGAAAUCCACCAGACUCUCCAAGGCACAACCACAUGCAAGAUCUACCUGAGACUCUGGAAGGCGAUGGCGAUCAGUUUACCAACAUUAGGGCAACUGUGGGUGUGGUUGCACUGACAGCACCAACCCCUCCUGCACUGCCACGCAGGAUACAAGCCCUGCGAAAGGAUGGUGAUGAAUCAUCUGAAGAAGAGGAAGGAGAAGUGGACAGUGAGGUGGAGUUCCCUAGAAGACACAGGCCUCCCAGAGGCAUGGUUACCUGCCAGUCGUAUUCAACAUUCAGUUCAGAAAAUUUCUCCGUGUCGGAUGGUGAAGAAGGAAACACCAGCGACCAUUCCAACAGCCCAGAUGAUAUGGCUGGAUGCAACAAAGACCACUUGGGCGACAAAUUGGAGGACAUGUUGUCCCAGACUCCAGAGAUUCCCAUUGAGAUUUCCACGCAGUCUGAUGGUCUUUCUGACAAAGAGUGUGCAGUGAGGCGAGUCAAGACUCAGAUGUCUUUGGGCAAACUUUGCUCAGAGGAACGCAACUAUGAGAACGGUGGAAACUUUCCGGGGUCAGACUGUGAUACAUCAGAUGGAGAGUGCUCUGAUGCAACUGUAAGAACCAACCAUCCUGGCAACUCCACCAACUGGUAACAAAAACACCAGUCGGCCAGGAUCAGUAUUCCGUUUCCCCUUCAUAUUCCAAUGGCGCUGACCCGAUUUCCCCUUUAAACCCUGUAUAGUCCGUCAUCUUUAUAUUUAACCCUUCCAAUGCUAUACAAGGGACAGCAAUGCACUGCAAAACAAUACAUUGUUGGUCCUUGACUCCCUUCCCUCCAUGCCCAGGAAUAGGGUUAACUGAUAUUAUGUUUGCAAUAAAGAGGGCCCAAAGACUCAUGGGAAUAUCCUCCCAAAACGAACAAGCUUCUUAAAGGAAGCAUUUUAAAGAAUGGCAGGGAUAAAUAUUUUCACUAAAAAAAAAUCUAGGUACUGUAAAAAUUCCAUAUUUAUUAUUACUUUUAUUUGUGUUUGGUCCCUUUUUACUGGUGAAAAGUACAGACUUAAAUUUAAGCACUAACAGGAUGGAUCAAGUAAAAAAAGAUGGCGAUGGACUCACAGAUAUAUGAACGUUUUUGCUGCUGUUAUUUUAGGGACCAAAUAGUAAUUAAAAAAAAAAUUAUGAUUUUUAAAAUAGGCUUUCUGUAUGUCGAUAUUGAAAGAGAAGUGUAUUUCACAACAAAGCGUUUGAAAACAGGAACUUGUAGAACAUUUGUGUGGAUACACAGUAUGACCACUUCUUUCUACAGUGUUCUCAUCUCAUCUUAGAAGUGGAAGGCCACUGCAAAGUGAAAUGAAGGAACGUUGCACAAAGAAGGGUAUUGAAUUUGUGGUGAAUAACAAAAUUGUAUUAUUUUGUCGUCUUACAACAAAAAAGAUCAACUGAAUUGUGUCAGAGAUUUACCAUGGCAAUGUUUAUGUAAUUUUUUUUUUUUUUUUUUUAAAACAAGAUAGUUUGAUGAUGCUUAAGAUCAUCAAUGGCCGUGUGUGUUUGAAAAACAAAAACACACAUUAGCCCUAAGCUCCCUAAAGAUCAAUGUCAAUUGGCUUUAGCUUUUGGAAUCUCUGCUCUGUCCUUAGAAUAAACCUUAGAACAGGAAGAAGGUGGCCAGAAAACUGAGCAAAUAUUUUUGGAAAAGCUUUUAAAGACUUUGUUUGAAGACUCCAGACACCAGCACUUGUAAACAUGUCCCAUGAUGUGUAUUUAUGUUUUUGUUUUUCAUGGCUACAGACCGGACUUGAGGAAGUCGAAUGUUGACUCACCUUCCCACUCAGGAGCAAUCCCAGCCAUAUAUAUUUUUGUGUAAUGAUUGUAACGUUUCCCUUCUUUCCAAAUACCGCCCAUUCCCCCUGUUGUCCAUGUGAGCAGAAUAAAAUGCCCUUUUAUCCGGUACUGUAACCUACUUAAAGCACACAAUGUAAAGGAGAACGCCGUAAAUUAGAUUGAGAGUGUACUCUCAUGUCAUACGAAGGAAACCUAACUUUCCCUUUGUAUGCUUAUGGCAUUAGAGAUGACCUUAAGGUCAGAAUUCAGGUAAUUGGGCGUAAUAGGCUCAUUCCAGAGAUACUCUAUGGGGUAGUUCUAUACAUCUAAGUCUUUCGUUUCAGGGUAUGGUCCUUUCUUUCAUGGAGGUUAUUAAAUGUAUCUUACUCAGUGGGAUUACAAUUUUAAACAUAUAAUGUAGGAUUGUACCAAGGUGAAUGCCAUUGGUAAAAGCUAGGAAUAAUGGUGUGAUAAAGAACAUAUCAGUCUUCAGCCUUUCCUUACAUAUUGUGAACUGCAUGUCAAUUAACUUAAACUGGUGAUCCCUUUACCAAAACGUAAGACUAUGUCAAACUGGCAUGCAGGGAAUAGUGUCUCAUAUUGGCUAAUGGAAAAAUUAUUGUGGUUAUCUAUUUCAGGAUUAAUGAUGGUUUACAUCCACAUAUCGGUCUAAUCCUUAGAGCAGUGGAGGCUGGUGACAUUUCAAGUUGGUGGGGCGUCAGACUGGAGAUUUUAUUCUGCCCCUAAAAGUGUUAAAGCUUGAAUAGGAAUAUCUAUAUAUGACUCUAUUACCUCCAAAAUAUGUGGAUGAUCCCAUAUAUAGGGAAUAAACCAUACAGAUAUUUUUCUGUUAAUUAAUUAUAAAAGUUGGCAAUUUUGAGGCUUAAUUCAUAUUACAAGUGUAAUACAGACUUUAGCCACAAGAUGUCGCCAACGGAUUACCGGGGAGGAGCUGGAGCUAGUUUUGAAGAGCUUGUAGGGGAGGAGAGAGCAGACACAUACUUCAAGCAUCCAACUACACAAGGGGAAGUGGAGUUCUGACAACCCCACCCUCUGGUGCAAACAGCCAAUCAGAUCCCAGUAGGAAGGUCUGCCUACUAAGGGCUAUUUUUGUCUCGCAUAUUUGCUGCCCUAAUGAGCUCCAUUAGGAAACCAUAGAGGCUGCCAGGCAGCCAAUGAUAGUGGAGUAGAGCACUUCCCAUGGAGUUUAAUUAAAUUUGUGGGAUGUUAUCUAACAAUCUGAUUAGGUUUUUAUUUUAUUUUUUUUUAAAUUCUACCUAGCAGCAACAGAGAGCAAUGACAAUGGGAACUGCAGCACUUAUAUUUAAAGGAACAGAACAUAUUUUUAUCACAUAGGCAUAUAUCCGAGGUGUAAGUUUACCCCCAAAAAGUUAAAAACCCAACAGAACCCCCCCCCCAAUUAUAUUGGGUUAUUUUUUUUGUUUGUUUUUUUUAAAUUUAAAGAAAAACUGGUGCGGUGCUGCCCCUAUGGAUGAGCCUCCACUGCCUUAGAGAUCUUACUCUGCCAUGCGUAUACGGUUAAAUGGUAUUUAGAGAUGAUAUUGUGAGAAUGCCAUUGAUUAUCAGGUUAAAUGAACACUCCAAGAACCAUAGCUACUACAGCAUGCUAUAGUGGUUAGGGUGCUAGGAGAGUACAAAUGCCCCCAUUGUAACUAGUCAACUUGUUUUAAAAUAGUUUGACUUCUUACUUGGGUUCCGCCAAGAGCUGCUUUCCCUUAAUCCAUUGUAGUCGGAAGCUCUCUUCACUGAGCUAAGCUGGGGUGGUGCAGGGUUUACCUACCUGGCCGAGAUCUGUCAGUUGAUACUCUGUCAAUGAGCUAUCCCUGAACUGCACGGCUUGGCUCAAGAGAGCUAGUGGAAGCUCCUUUUACUGUCAUCCUUUUUUUUUACGGUCUCCUUUUACUGGGAGGCCCAGUGGAUGCCAGGUAAGAAAUCAAAUUGUUCUAAAUCAAUCUGACUACCUACAGUGGUGGUCUCCAGGGCAUUUCUGACACCAUGACCAUUUCAUAACACUGUAGUGGUUAUGGUGCCUGGAGUGUCCCUUUCAAUUCUUUUUGAUGGCCGAGAAGUUAAACAGUAGUGCUUUCUUUGUGAUAUUAAAAACUGGAGUGAAUUAAACCAUAAACGGUCAUUUUAGUCUAGGAGUGGCCAAAAGGUAGAUCCCAAGCAGUUGUCAAAGCAUUGUGGUAUUAGUAGGGCGACUUCUCCAUUAGCCAAUCUGAAUUCACCAUAGAAUGGACCACUCUUACACUUAGUUUGUAUUUUUAUGUAUAUUGCUUGUGUGUUUUUACUUAUGUUUUCAGUUGUGUAUUUUGUAUGACAAGUAAUUUAUUUCCCUGAAAACCUCAGUCCAGAUUCAAUUAGAAUGAUAUUUAAUCAUGGGGGCUAUGGCAAAGAAUUGCUUCGUCCAGUAUAUAGUGUCUACUAAAUGACUGUGAAUCUGGCACAUCUUUUUUUAAAAUGUUUACACAUUUCUGUGAAUUUAACCUGUCUGCUGCUGGGAGGAACAGGGCAUUGGUCAAAUUUUAUAAGAAAAUAUUUAGCAUAUCUAUACAAUUCAUUUUUCUUCUGUCACAGUGUUAGCAUGCAAUUAGACCAGGGAUAGGCAACCUUCGGCUCUCCAGAUGUUGUGG